AUGAUAUCCAGGCAAAUUUCAUGCUUCCGUGCCGCUGGUGUGGUUCGCUCGUUUGCUAGCACGGCCAUCAGGAGACAGUCGGAGUUGGCGAAGCCGGUGGACACCUACGGGAAGGAGAUUGUUUCUGGCGCACCAAUAGACCUUGUUACAAGCAGGGUUGUCAGAAUAUACCAGGAGGCCAAGCCAGCUACACAGUCGGGCCACCACAACGGAGACCACUGGAAAUUGGACUGGGACGUUCUAGGCAAGGGAAACAGGUGGGAGAAUGAUCUUAUGGGAUACCAGGGCUCCUCUGACUACAUGCAGGGAACAAUCAUGAAGUUUGACACCAAAGACGCCGCUAUAAGGUUUGCUGAGAACCAGGGCUGGGACCAUUACGUACAAGAGCCAAAGAAGAGACACUUCAGGAAGAAGGAAUACUCGGCCAACUUUUACCACUCUCCAGGGCCUCUCAAGCACAUCAGGACUAAAUAA